AUGGCGUCGACUGCAACUGCAACCGCCCUGUACGGAUGUCAACAACCAGGCCAGCAGCAGCAAGGAGGACGUCGAACGGUGGCAUCGGUUCCGCAUUCUGCAGCGCUCUACCCGAAACGAUCCGCAUCGGCGAAUGUAACGCAUUCGGCGAGUGCGUUACGUCUGCAGGAGAGACGACUGCACGAACAGGAGACUAUCGAUGAGCUGCUGCAGAAAUGCCGAACGAGUCAGAGGGGACUGGCUUGUAGUAGUACACAGCAGGUUCGUUAUUAUUAUUAUUAUUGUUAUAUAUUGUUAUUAUAUAUUGUUAUUAUGUAUUAUUAUAUAUUGUUAUUAUGUAUUAUUAUUAUAUAUUGUUAUUAUGUAUUGUUACUCUUGAGGUUGUUAACAAAUUCAAUUGUUUUGAAUGAUUGA